CGAGUGUCUCGUCUCCGUAGCAGCUGCCAGAAGAUACCUUGCAUUUCCUUUAUAUCACGACGCAUUAACCUGGGCUAUUUAUCCGGCCUUUCAUGUCUGUGUGUGCCUUCUGGAUAUGCUACUCUCCCCGUGACAAUGGAGGAUGAGGGCAUGUCCAUUGUUCCCUAUGGAUCAGGCAAUCUCGAUGUCGUGCUGCGACACAAUGACUCAGUUGUGGUUUAUGAUCGCGACUCGCGGCAACUGGUUCUCCAGAACACCGCGGAUCGGAGGGGCAGUGACCUCGAUCUGACCGACUGUCCUUACUGCCAUCGUCCUUUGCAUGAAAAUGGGUCACCCCAAGGUGAUCAUGCGAAUAGCCCGGGCGCGCAGGCGGAAUUUGUAAAUCCCGACUACUUUCGACUGCUACAUGCUAGCUUACCUGGCUCUACGGACUCGUCCAAUCCUCCAUCCCCUCGUCGCCGUCUCGUUCAGCCAGCUAUCGCGGACGGCCCGACUAUUGAUCCUAGCUAUCCAGAGACCGGCGUCCAUACCAGUCAGGGGAUUUCGUCGGCGGCCUUUACACAGGAUUACUUCAAGAAGUUCUUCGUCGAAGAGACGAUUCUGGGCAAAGGCGGCAAGGGCGUUGUCCUUCUGGUGAAACACGUACUGGACGGUGUCUCACUUGGCCAUUACGCUUGUAAGCGGGUUCCUGUCGGAGAUGACCAUGAGUGGCUUGAGAAGGUACUAGGUGAGGUGCAGCUUCUACAGCACCUUUCGCAUCAGAAUCUUGUCUCCUAUCGACAUGUGUGGUUGGAAAAUGCAAAGAUCACCACCUUUGGGCCCAGUGUGCCAUGCGCGUUCAUACUUCAGCAGUACUGCAACGCGGGGGACCUCCACAAUUACAUCUGUGGUGCAGUGCAGACCCCUACUACAAAACAGCAGCUCAAAGAGCGUCUGAGAAGAAGGUCAAGGGGCGGACUUGAUCCUGAGAACGAUCUUGGGGCGCUACGAAAGCUCCAAUUCGAGGAAAUAUAUUCCUUCUUCAAAGAUAUUACUUCCGGAAUCCGAUAUCUCCACGCCAAUGGCUACAUCCACCGUGAUCUCAAGCCCCACAACUGCUUGCUACAUAAAACCAGUGAUGGGAUCCGGGUCCUAGUUAGUGACUUUGGUGAGGUCCAGGCUCAAGAUUCAAUCAGAAGGUCGACUGGCGCGACAGGGACUGUUUCCUACUGCGCACCGGAAGUUUUACGGCGCGAGUAUCCCGAUGGUCCUUUCGGGAACUUCACUUUCAAGUCCGACAUCUUCUCUUUGGGAAUGAUUCUGUACUUUCUCUGCUUUGCGCAGCUCCCCUAUAGCAAUGCAGACUUGAUCCACGAGGAGAAAGAGGACCUGGACCGACUCCGUGAAGAGAUCAGUCAAUGGUCGGGGUUCGACUAUGCUAGACGCAUGAGGCCCGAACUCCCCGAACAGCUCUACAUAUUCCUUCAGCGCUUGCUGUCCGUGGACCCUGAUCGCCGACCCUCAGCAGAAGAAGUACUUAACGGUCUUCAGGCUGGGGCUAAUGUCAAUGAAAACUUCCGCUUGAAGCGGGCCAGCCCAACCAGCCCAGAUAUGCGCCCCAGCUCCCGGAUUCACCCGGUAGAGAGGCCGUCUGCUGCAUCAUUUACUCGCCAGGCCUUGUCGCCGAAUAGGGCCCUCACGAGACCACCGCCGAGUGCACGGCGGGGUUCCGCAUACGAUAGUACUAACACGGAUGCUGUUAGAGCCGAUUCUACCUCCACCUCCCUUAGCCCGGAACGAAACCUCAUUUUCCGCCCGCGCUUCUCGAAUACUCCCUCGUCCUCACUCACACCUGCUCACCAUCCUCCUGAGGAACAUCGCCACGAAGUGACCCCCCCUGACCACUCUAACACGGUCGAAGAGCCCCAGCAACAACACCUACUCCCACCUCCCCCUCCACGUCACUGGUUCUUACAGAGAUACUUCCCGUUCCUCGAGCCUCUGACAAUUUCCGUAGCUAACUGGCAGUUUGGAAUCACAAUCUUUCAACUGACCAUGUUCCUUCUCAAAAUAAUUUCUAUAUUUCAACCCUGCAGCCCGUUGACUGUCAACCCCUGGGUUGUUUAUCCCCUACUGUUAGUGGCGGCGGUCAACUUCCCAGCGAAAAGCUUCACCAGGCAGUUGGUCUCGCUGAUGCUGCAUCUCGUGGUUGUAAGUCUAUGUAUGCAGAUGGAUGCGCUUUGUUGGAGGACGUACAGGCGGUGAUCUCGUACCAACCUGAGGGCCUUUUUCCUGGGCUGAUGCUCGUAUCUGGAAUGAAAGGACGCGGAGACCAGAUUGCGAAAGGAAGAGGUGUGACAUUCGAUGCUUCGGUGCAUAACUUCGCAUGGUGUUUUGAAGAUGCGCCUGUGGCUGACGAAAUUAUGUGCCCAUGACCAUUGAAUACAUUAAUAGACUGUU